CUGAUCGUUCGGAGUAUAUAGUUGUGUCGCUCAUCGCGAGAAUUGCCGCGCGAAAUACGAAACUUUAUCAAAGUGCUGUGUUUAGUGAUUUAAGUGAUGUGAAAGUGUUUUAAUCCGAGGUUUCAAUAUGGAGUUGAAAUCGCCGAAAGCGAAGAAAAAGACGACAACAAAACUCGUCUCGUGGAAGAAACUGUUCAGCACACCCAUUCUGAUCCUAUUACUCCUCGGAUCGACCAGUUGUGACAUUGACAGUGACAUUGACAUUGACGCUGACGUCAGGCAUACAGAUAAGCGUAUAGAUAGACGUGUCUUAAGUGACAUACGCUAUUUGAGGCGUAAUUUAAAUAAGGACGUGUUGAAUUUUGUUAUGAAAGAUGUCUUGAUUGAUGGAGAAGUGGAAAAUAGAAUACAUUUUAAUGGCAUCACGGCGAAGGAGACUUUUGUUGGGGCAAAUGGAAACGGGCUAAAGCUCCGUCAGAUGACAGAUGGCAGCCAUCUUAUACAGAUUAUUUACACUCCAAAUGGCGCGAUUCAAGAUUGUGAAUACAUCACAGAUGCAAAGACAACAAGAAACUUUUUAAAGACACUACGUCGAGAAUUGAAACUGGCAUUAGACGAGGAAGCAUUCAGAAUAACUGAAAAAAGAAAAAAUGUAACGGAGGACGAACGAUUUUACCGCCAUUUUGGGAACAUGACGUUUCGACUUUUGACAGAGGGCGAAAUGUUACCGUCUGACAUUGCAUCUUGGUUGGAUUAUGACAGAUUAAAAAUGGAAUGUUUUGAGCGACACGAGGAGUUGAAAUACAUGAUGGAAAAUAAAAAUAAAUACUCGGAACCGUCGCUAGCGAGAAAAAAGCGCGACGCGAUGGACAUACUGCGGGUGCCCGGCACCAAGUGGUGCGGGAAAGGCUUUUCGGCAACGCAUUAUUCGCAAUUGGGCGGCUACACGCGCACAGAUAGAUGUUGUAGGAUUCAUGAUCUGAGGUGUCCCUUCUGGAUUGGAGGGAUGGAGAAAAAAUACGGCCUUUACAAUUGGAGAGUCAACACGCUGAUGCAUUGCCGGUGCGAUGAAAGGUUCCGUGCGUGUUUAAAGCUGGCCGAUACAUCAGUGUCCAAUAUGGUUGGAAAGUUGUUCUUCAACGUUGUACAGACCAAAUGCUUCGUUCUCAAGCCUAUAAAAGCCUGCAAGCAGCGGUCGUGGUGGGGAAAAUGCCUCCGAAAAGGUUAUAUGCGACAGGCCUUCUUGCGUGACAAUCUGCCGUAUUAAGUCAGCUGUCAAAGUGACAGAUGACAACACGAAGCGGGAACAUCAUCGCAGCUGACAUCAUAUGAAGUUCUGUUUAUAGCUACACACUUCUAAACGGAAUGUGUUUGAGUAGAUUUAUUGAAUUAUGUUUUAAUAAGAUAUUCUUUAUAUUGUUUUUAAAAUAUAAACGAUGUCUUUUAAAUUGUGUAAUCCAAUGUAGUCUGAACUCAUCUCCAGCCAGUGUCAAAUAGUAAUUGUAGGAUUAAAAUAAUAAAUAGCUUCAUUUGUAUUAAAUGUAAAUCGGCUUCAAAUAAUUCAUUUUAUGUAAUUAUUACGUCAAUUUGUAUAUUCUCUUUACAUACUUUACUGUAGUUUAAAUAAUCAACAAUAACAAAAUAGUUUUCCGGUAAAACAUAGUUUGACGUCUAUGAAAAUGUCCAUAGAUUAUACAUAACGAAAUGACAUGACGUCAUAAUGACAGUAAAUCUAAACAAUGGCGGAUUGAAGUGAGUGAAGUCACACAUCAAAAUUUCUACUAAGAAAAAAUAUUCCAAAAUGGUUGAAAUAGCUUUUGUCAGUAGAUGCCACAGCCUGUGCACAUCAGACUAACACUAAAGAUAAUAUACGGUCUUACACAUAAAACUCUAUGUGAAGAUUUUCUUGAUAGCCGCUGUCAACAUUUUUUCCAAUUGUAUUUUUCCCUUCUUCCUAAGGGGAAACACAUGUUGGCGUGUGAAAGGCUGAGCAGGCACUGGCUGACCGCCAGAUUUAACUAUAAAAAAAUACAAAACUGAGGCCAAAACUAGAAUAUCCAUUCAUUGUUAGAAAUUUUCAAUAAAUAAAUAAUAAUAAAAGUUACGUAUUUCGUUUUGGAACUACAUAGUCCUAUGUUAAAGAGGCAUUAUAAUAUGAAUCAAUUUUUUCCCGCUUUAAUAUCAUAGACAACAUGACGUUUUGACAUUUAAAAAAUAUAGACCUAAUUUCAUUUAGAGAGACAUGUCAACAGUCAGACUUAAUCGGUAAUUUAAAAUAUUUUGUACAUAUAAUGUAGUAUAAAUAUCGAUUCUUCCAAUAUCUAUUAUUAUAGUAAAGAUACAUUUCAUUGAUGUUCCUAACUUAGACUUAAUUGUUAGCUUAUAAAACUAAAUCCGUUUCCACAUAACGUUUUGGUAAGAGCAGGCUAUAGUAAUUAUCACUUACCCCGGUUAGGCGACUUCCAAAAUCUUGUCUUGUUUCUACUCAAAAGCGGUAUAUAGUUAAGAUCCUGCCGUAUAGGGCGUGACAAAACUAGUGACAGAAAAAGUCGCAGAUGUGCUAUUAUGUAUUGGAUACAGAAAAGAGCGUACCAAUUAUUAAAACGCCGGCAACGCACAUGAGCCCUCUGGUAUUAAGAGUUCCCUGUUCUAUAAAAAGUUGCAUCAUUAAAUAAUACAGAUAUGGCUAUUUGAGCAUAUUGAAAAGUGUUAUUAAUAUUAUAACUUGUUAAGAAUAAUUGAUUUGUCAAAAAAUCGGUAAUUUAAUAUUGCUUAACGCCCAAACCCAAUAACCUAUCUCAAUCUAUUUUUGACCUUCUGAGAUAGACAUCUUAAUCCAAAUAUUGAUAAAAGUAUGCCAAUAAAUUGUGUAAGUAUAAAUUAUUGGGUUUGGGCGUUAUACGGCAGACGUGUAACAUAAAAGGGCAAUAGAUUAGAAAAAUUGACAUUGACAAUUUAAAAUCUUGUCAAAUAAUCUAAUUAGCUCAUUCAGUUUAUGAACAGCUUAAACUGUUUUAUAGAACAUUACAUAUAUAUACAUUAGAAUUAGCACCAAUAUAUUUAGUAUAAUUAAUAUAUAAAUAGUAUAAUAAUUAUUAAAAAAACAACUGUAAAUAUAAAUUGUAUUAUUUAUUACUAUAAAAUAAAGAUUGUAAAUCUGUAUCCGCUGCAGCUGAUGAUUUUACACAGAUAAUGAACCUUCAUUGGUUAAUUAUCUGUGUAAAACUAAUUUUUGAAUAAAAUUUAGGAUUGAAAACAAAAUCAAAUCAAUUAUGUUUAUAUAUAUGAAAAUAGAUAUCCCUGUUUAAUAUAAAUACAUAUUUUAUCAGUUUUUUGGCAUUAUUGCAAACCUCAAUAUUUUAAAACGUACAGUUACGCGGUAAUUGAUUGGGAUCUUUUUAAAAAGAGAUUUAUUGAUUUCGAUAUAGGUAUAUUAUAAAUUCACAAUGGAAAUAGCACGAAAUGGAACAAUUAAAAAAUAUGUUUGCUCGGAUAGGAGUUAGGAGAAGGACUGACUUGAUAGGAAAUGAGAGGUUGUUGUUGCAGGGGAAGAAAUGAUGACUUGGGUAUAAGGCGGGAUGUGACAGCAAUAUGGAAUGCAUUGAGGAGUUGUAACAUUGCGCAACGAUUGUUUGUGAUGACUUCUGACGUAAAUAGCGGGAAUUUUUAUUCGUCAAUUUUGAGAGUUUGUCAAUAAAAAGCAGCAACACUAAUGGUUUAACUUAUGUUUAAAGAACUUUAUUUAUUACAAUAAAAAAAAAACAAAUUAUACAUUACAAAAAAAUAUAUUUUAUUUACAUGAGAAACUUAAUAUUAAUAUGUACAUAUACGAGCGAGAUACACGUCGCCAUAAGCCGUCUUAAUUUUAGUCAACUGUUUUCAUUGUUAAAAUCCAAUGUUGCGAAUUUGAGAUGGAUUAAUAGAUUAAAUAAUUGCACACCCUCAUACCUAAUAGAUUUCUUCAAAUAAUUCUUACAUUCGUAAGAUAUACUAAGUAUGACUUUCGUAAGUCAAUAGCCUAUUGGGAUUUAGAUAUGGGAGUUGUAGCUGAAAAUUCGGAAGUUUAUUCUAAGCGCUAAGUAUAUCAUAAACGUAUUAAUAUUUGAUAUAAUAUGUCAGUCAUAGUUCUCGCUCAAAAUGUCAAAUUCCAGUGCAGGAGGCACCAACACUGAAACUAGUAGCUUAACAUGACAGCUUAAAUCGUCUCGUAAAACUCAUUUUUUAUGUUACAUAAGGAUUUUGUUAAUAUAUUGUAUAUAAUGUAAAACUAGAUAUAGAUUUAAUUCAGUAGUAUAGUGGAGUUGAAGGCAUUCAUUUUAAUGUUUUGUUUUUGUCUCAAAAACCAUCAUCAAUAUAGUACUAAUUGUUGUAAAAUAUCAGUAAACAGAAUAAAAAUAAUAAAUUAUUUGUUCCAACGACAAAAGACCGCACUGUUUAUUUAAAAUUCAUGGAUUUAUAGAAAAUUUUCGAGUAAAAAACAAGUUUUAAACAACACUCACUCUUAAAUAAAUACUCCUUUGAGUUGCUUCUAUGGUUUAUAUACUCUAUGAAAAAAGAAACGAGAUCUUUUGUUACAACGUUGCAAAUAUUCUAAUUUAUUAUUUUUAAAUAUAUUUAUUAAUGUUCCGAAAUAUUUAUGAAACGGCAUUGCUGCACAACAAUUGUUCUUUAAGCUCUCGGAUUGUUAUAUAAUAUACAUUGGGUAUUAAAAUAUCUUUUUCCGCUACCAAAUAUAAGAACUCUCUGAAUGUUACCUAUUAAUUUUGCUUUACACUGACCUUGAACUCUAGUAAUUCGGUCAAAGGUUCAAGGGCAGGGACGCAUGCGACUAUCGCUUGACAUUUUUGUUCCAAGUAUAAUUACUGAAUACUUUACCUUUGAACACUUAUAUGUCAAAGGCUAUUUGACAGUUUAUAAAGUUUUAUCGAGAGUCAUCAGUAUAAAAAAAUGCUAUAAAGCAUGGAUAAAUUAAAAAAAUAAUAUCAAUAUAUACGUCAAACACGAAACGUCACAGAUUAGUCAAAUAGACAAUGGCGAUUGGCGUAGCGUGUAAAUAAUAUACCUUCACCUAAUAUUUCUUUGUAGUUUGAUUAAAUCGGAGACUGUAUUGGAUCGUUAUAGAAUAUAUUUUUAUUUGUGUAAUUAAAUAAUGAUGACGCGUAAAAAUUUUGACGUUUGUUUACAUGCCUGGUAUGUUACAGACUGGUGCAACGCUAUCUUCUAUCUUAGCUAGAAAGCGUUAUGGCGGGUUCUUGUACUUGAAUUUUUUUAAAUUAUAAUUUGUAUAGUUCCUAUACGUCUUCUUAGUAAAUCUGAAAUGAUUAUUAAAAUCUCAAAUAGCCUACUGUUGUGUUUUUAAUUUGGUUUAAAAAUAUUUAUUUUUACAUAACAUUGUUGCGGCCAAAUUAUCUAAGAUAAAAUAUGUAUGUAUUGCUUAUUACACAGUUCUUCGCAUAUUAAAUUUAAAAAGAACUUUAUUCAUAAGUUACAGGUUUAUUCAUAAGGGUUACAAGGUCUAUGACUAAUUUUUCAGGCAAAAAUUGUAAUCAAAAUGUACCGAUACCGGAGUUUUUAUAACUAGCAAUAAAAUGAGCUUUGAAUACUUAAUAAAUAUUAAUAUAUUGAAUUAGUUUUAGCGUCUGAAGUUCCUGUCGUGACAAUAUUAGAGUGAUUGUGUAGAUGUGUUGUACUUAAGGGUAAUAAAGGAUAACUGGUCA